AUGUCGAAGCGGUAUAGGGAAUCUGAGAACGAUGAGGGGCCUUCGUCAACUGGCACGGAGAAGACGAAGAGCAGCGACGGACCUCUGUCCAAGUACACCCACGGCGACUACACCGUGGGAUGGGUCUGCGCCCUGUCGAAGGAGCAGACUGCGGCGACGGCCAUGCUGGAUUGUCGACAUGGCGAUCUCCCCAAGACGUCGUCCAGGGACCCUAACACAUACAUCUUGGGAUCUAUCGGCAAGCAUAAUGUUGUCAUCGCCUGCCUACCCGAAGGCGAGAUCGGUAAUAACGUUGCGGCUACUGUCGCGACGCAUAUGAUCUCCGCCUUUCCCUCCAUGAGGGUUGGCUUGAUGGUGGGUAUUGGUGGAGGCAUCCCGCCCAAGGUCCGACUGGGCGACGUCGUGGUCAGCACUCCUGUCGGCGAAUACCCUGGGGUUGUUCAGUGGGAUAUGGGGAAGGCGACUGAAGGAGGCAGCUUCCAGCGGACUGGAGCCCUGAACAAACCACCCAGCUCGCUGCGGACGGCUAUAGGGAGGCUGAAAACGGAACAGGAACUGACCGGGUCUCAGAUACCGCAAUACCUAGACCAGAUGGCGAAGAGAUAUCCGAAUCUAGCGCCGAAAUACCUCCGGUCCGACUCCCUCAAGGAUAUACUGUUCAAGGCAGGCCAUGGCCAUAUUAGCAAGGCUGCCACGGAUAGUGAAGCUGCCCCAGAUGAAACUAGCACCGAAGAGACUUACGACGACGACGAAGAAGAUGAUGAAGAUGAAGAAAAAGAAGCCUGCCGAUUCUGUGACAAGAGUCAGAUCGUGAAACAGACGCCUAGGGACAUGCGCAUACACUAUGGUCUGAUUGCAUCGGGUAACCGGGUGAUCAAGGACGCUAUCUUCCGAAAAAAGCUCAAUAAGGACCUCGGUGGUCAAGUCCUCUGUGUCGAGAUGGAAGCAGCAGGGCUGAUGGAUGGCUUUCCAUGUCUCGUCAUCCGGGGUAUCUGCGACUAUGCGGACUCGCACAAGAACAAGGCCUGGCAAGAGCACGCGGCAGCAGUGGCGGCAGCAUAUGCGAAGGAGCUUCUGCAAUAUGUACAACCAGAUGAUGUUGAUGGAGAGCGCCCAGUUAAGGAUCUACUUAAGCAGGUUAUUGAAACUAUGUCUGCCACUGCUAUAGAUGUUGCACAAGUCAAGGUAAAGAUCAAUGACCAGGAAGACCGUAAGAUUCUUGACUGGCUUACACCCAUCGACUACGGCCCACAGCAGAAGAUCCGUGAUCGCUUUAAGGACAUAAGUAGCUUGUCACUGGAGAUCCGUGCGAGCCGCGACGACGUGGCACGAUAUGUGCAAGGGCACAUGUCACAUCUACCAUCGUUUGUCCAAACAGAUAAACAGUUACAAGAGGAGAUCACAACUAGGAUCUCAGAAGCUGUUGAUGGAAUCGUCUUUGGAACCGGAUCCUGUAAGACGGACGAAGAGUUUGAGCAACGGUUGCUGUCCAAUCCGCUCUACGACUACGUCGCACAUCACUGGGCACAGCAUGGGCCCAAUGACACUGAAACAGUUCAGAGGAUCGUGAAAUUUCUCGAGGACCAAGUCAAAGUCGAGGCAUCGGUUCAAGCACUCAUGAUCGACAAGCGAUAUAAAUACCACGAUUACAAUCCGGCUCCAAAGAGUACGACGGGACUACAUUUAGUAGCGUACCUGGGAGUAAACGAGUUGGCAAAUAUCAUACUUGAAUCUGGACAGAAUCCAGACAUGAAGGACACCGUCGACCGAACAGCACUAUGGUAUGCUGCCGAGAAUGGGCACAGGAUUGUUGUGGAUAAGCUCCUCGAAGCUGGGGCCACCGUCGAUACUGCUGAUUGGUAUGGCGAGACAGUGCUGCAGAGGGCGGCUAGAGGAGGCCACCUCAAGGUCGUCGAGCGGCUCCUCGAAGCCGGGGCCACCGUCGAUGCUACUGAUUGGUCUGGCUGGACAGCGCUACAGAUGGCAGCUAUUGGAGGCUACCUCAAGGUCGUCGAGCGGCUCCUCGAAGCUGGGGCCACCGUCGAUACUGCUGGUCGGUAUGGCUGGACAGCGCUACGGCUGGCAGCUGGUAGAGGCCACCUCAAGGUCGUCAAGCGGCUCCUCGAAGCCGGGGCUGCCGUCGAUACUAUUGAUCAGUCUGGCUGGACAGCGCUACAGAUGGCAGCUAGUGGAGGCCACCUCAAGGUCGUCGAGCGGCUGCAAGCAGCAGGGGCUUCGUCAAGACUUCAAGACUGA